AUGGCCGCUGGCGCUGCCUUGCUGAUGCUCAUCUCCCUUAUGGGCCUUGGCAGCGUUCAUGCACAGAUGGAGGGCUUGACCCCUGAAAUGAUGCAGGGAGGUCAAAUCUCACCCGAGAUGCUCAACAUGAUGCAGAAGAAGAACCGUGAGGGCAAGCCUGCCAUGUUCUUCCUCACUUUCGUAGCAGAUGAUCGAGAGACAAAUGAGCGACUUUCUGGUGAUUAUGUCACCGCUCUGCGCCAGGCUCAUCACGAGAUCCAAGUUUAUUUCAUUGAGGAUGACAAGGCCCUCUAUUCGAUCCAAGACGGCAAGCACCUCGACGAGAUCCUGGACUACCUGAAGGCACAAGACAACAUUGCGCAGAUUGAGCUAGAUAGUCAGAAGCUGAUGAAACCUCACCCAAAGGACGAGGUAUCAAAGACCAAGGUGGACCAAGCAGACUCGGAACGUCGUGCCAAAGAAGAGCGCUUGCGCAAAGCUCAGCGCCGCAUCAACAAGGCCAAGGCCAAAAAAGCCAAAAAGGGCCAAGUAAAGGGCAAGACAGAGCUGUGA